AAACGAUUUCCUCAACGAUAGAUAUUAUGUGGCCUUAAAAUAGAGACAAUUUGAAAGUAACUAACAAAACUAGUUAAUAUGAAACUUAAAGAAAAUCAGUUAUAUCGGAGUUCGUAAGAUUAUGCCAACUGAUCAGUUGCGUUAAACUAUCUGAAUUAAGGAAAAUCACUGCUAAUAAGUGCUUUCGCCUAGUUACUAUACUUCAUCAAAUCGAUGAGCCAUAUUUAACAAGUCAGUUUAAAGAAAUUAACCAUUUAUUUGUAAAGGUUUUUACGAACAAAAAAAUCGACUGGUUCGGAAAUAAUUUCUGCCAAACUGAAAUUAGAUGAAGAAAUAAACAAAGUAGGGGAGAAGAUUACUACAUGCUAAAUCACUAAAUACUUGCUUACGCCUGUUACCCCUCGUGGAGCAUAGGCCCACUAUCAGGAAUCGCCAGCACACUGUGCUGGGUUAUCCUUCCAAUUGUUGCCAGGUGCUAUUCAUUCUUUUGAUGUCUACCUGUGAUGUUUGUAUGAACUAAUGAUUCUUUUUUUACUUAGUGUGGGCCCGAUUUUGAAUUCCAAAUACAAUACAUUCGUUUGUGUUCACCUUGUUCUACGUGAUUUAAAUUGUGUUGUUUCGGGGACUCCUAAUUCGUAUAAUAAUUCAAAUAUUUAUAUUCAUCACAUUGGCGUCUUGAUGGAGCCUGUGAUGGUACAAUUGGUCAUACAUCCAAUUUUUGAUACUUUUGAAAAUUAUAUAGGCAUGUUCGAAAUCUGAACUAUGACCAAAGAGGGUGUUCACAUUGUGGUUCAUUUCCUUAGAUUCAUCGGAAAAGAAACCCACAGCUUACUGAAAAUUUUAGCAUUCCCAGAUAAGCCUAUUUCACUAUAUUACGAAACUCUCAAAUAACUGCCGUUAAGUCAUGUAAAGUGCACAAAUUUCUAAUGUCGUGAAGAAGGGAAAUUUCAUAAAAUCAGAAUAAUCAAAAUGUUAGAGAAUUUAUCCUUCAAUCGCAGAAACAAGCUGCCAAGUGCAAUUUUCGGUCACCAACUUCAUGUGCACCAGCCUGAUUGAUUGCAGGUAUCAACAUACCUAAUCUGUAAAGAGAGGUUAUGCAAGCGUCAAGGUGUUCUUUUCAAGGUCAGCAAAAGUUUGGUAAAUGUUUGUCCUGUGGUAAAUUUCAUUCACGUAAUUCAUGCGUAUUUCGCAAUGCUAAAUGCUUUAAAUGUGGUAAAAUCGGACACAUUCAAUCAGUUUGUAAAACUACUGUUCAUUUCGCUGCAAGUAAUGCAAAACUUUGUGAUUCCGAUCCUAUUAAGUUGAGUGUUUCUAAUGAUCAUUUACCUUUAUCCACGGUUUCGAAAACCACUAUAGAGUCAUAUGUCAGUCCAGAGUUAAAUGAAGCCUUGAACCACUCUGGAACUGAACUCCAGACAAAACAAACUUAUACUUCACGUGAUAUUUGUCGAGAAAGCCUCAGGGGCUCAUAUUCAGAAAAUAUUUGGAGCAGCAAAAUGCAUCAAAUGAGACUCAGAAUAAUUUUGAGACAGAAAGUUUCCAAUACAUCAGCUUAUCAAAUUUCUCAUAUUAGUUUACCAGAUAUCGGUUGUCCUAAUGAUUCACAUAUGCCUGGUGAAUUUUCCUAUAAAAAUGAAGAAGAUAUGUCGAAUGAAUCAAAUCAUGAUCCGAAAUCUGAUGCAAUUUUGAUAGAUGCUGAUUUUUCUAAUGAUCGAUCAUUCUCUAAUGAGAUUCUUAAUAAAUCUGAAGAAAAUAUUUGAGAAGAACCAGAUCAUGAUGUUAUCAUAUCAAAUGUAAUUUGUCCUCAUAAUGUAUUUGUUUCUGAUGGAAAACUUGGUCAAUGUGAAGCACAAGUUUUAACUGGAUUCAAACCUAAUUACAGAUUGGAUGAUCGCAUAUCGAUUGUUGUUUAUCCUUACCGUGAAGUCACUUCUAAAUCUGUUCUAAGUAAAGGCACAUUAUUCGUAACUUGGGAAUAUGAAGAUGUAACAUUAUUUCGUGGGGGAGGAUAGUGUUGGAAAAUCUAUGGUUCCAGUUCUAGAUAUCAG